CUCUCAGGCUGCUCAGGAGGGGACAGUGCUAAAAAGCAGAUCUCUGAGGGCCCAGACUUCACACACUAGACAGCAGGGUCCAUUGCGCAGGACCCUGAGCCCAUUGCAAGACAAACAGACAGACGACUGCACAGCCAAGUGAUGCUCCGUGGCCAGUUAACCACGCUGCUGGGUCUGCUCAGUGGGGCCUGGCUGCCUACAGGCUCAGGGAGGCCCGGGGUCCCAGUUACCCCUGCUCAGUCCUGGGCUGCUACCAAUCAGAGUGAGACUCUGGAUCCCCUGGUGUCCAUUUCUGCCCUGGGUAGCUGGAAAGCCUUCCUGGGCCUGCAAAACAAACAGCAGGGGACAGGUGAGCUGCAGGGAGGGCCCAGGGUAGCUGCAGGUGUGUCCUUGCCCCUGGCUCCUCAGGAAGUGCUUCAGGAGACUUGUAAGGCUCUGCCCUUUGUUCAGGUGAUCUCCAGGCCUGGUUGUACAAGUGCCCGGGUCCUUAAUCAUCUCUGUUUUGGCCACUGUUCCUCCUUCUACAUUCCCAGCUCGGAUCCCACCCCUGUAGUCCUCUGCAACAGCUGUGUGCCGGCUCGAAAGCGCUGGACAUCAGUGGUGCUGUGGUGUGGAGUUGGCCAAUUAGUCUCCCCUCACAGGGUGAGGAUUUCCACUGUAUUGGUCCAGAAGUGUCAGUGCCGCCCGAAGCUGUGAGCUGAGCAUCCUACAGGAGUGCACAGGACACGAACCUUGGAAAGAAGCAGGAGAUGCAGUAGAAAGACGUGACCUGAAUGAUGUGUAUCAGGUCAAGAGAGCAGAAGUGGACAGGGCCAGAAGGUCUUAAUCUCACCCCCAGAAUACUAGACAUGGUCUCCCAGUCAUGGGUUUAGACCCUAAUAGUUGUAGAAUUUGGGGCUAAAGUAUAACUCAGCGGGAGAGGGCUUGCCAUCAUGCAUGAAGCCCUGGGUUCUAUUCUUAUGUGAUAUGUGGAGGAAAAAAAAAGUGAAAAUUAGCUAUAGUGUGUGAUUAGCCCUGUGUGGGAGGGAACAUUCAUACAAUCAUUAACUCACGUCGUCCUCAGGAAUAAAUCCUCAGAAAUUCCGCAAGGUAGAAUUUCACCACGGGUCAUUUUACAGAUGAGGAAACCGAAGCUGUUGAGGCAUUGUCACUUUUGGAGAGGGGAGAAUUGGGAGAGGGCUUGAGAUACAGCCCUUACGCGCAUGCGCAGCACAGCUCCCUGCUGAGCUCCUCCUCCCCCAGCCUGGGGUUCCGCUCUUAUCCACUAGGUGGCACCGCGUCCCAGCGUCCAAGACAGACACUCCCAACUGUUAGGGCAGCACCACCCAAACCGGGACACUCCGCAAAGAUGACCCUGUUCUAGGGACAUUGGAAUAACAGCAGCAGCAGCAGCAGCAACAAUAACAACAAAAAACUAUGGCAGGCAAGCGGGAAGCAGCUGCUGGGAAAACCUGGCCCCAGCCAGAGGCGACCCUGCGUGUGUGCAGCUGCCUCUCUCAUUGACAGUAGCUGGGGUUUCCCUUAUUGCCCCACCCGAGUCCCCGCAGCAGCCUCAUGCCCAGCCUAGCAUUCCAUGGGAACCAUAAAGGUUGGCCAAGUCC